AUUUUCACAAAGCAAACACACUAGCCUUCAUCUAUACAUACACACAUAUACAGCCACCAUAUAUACACACAGCGGUCGGUAGACGGCGGUUUUUGAGCUCAUAGCGGUAUUCCGGCUCCGGUUUUCAGGCGUGCGUUAGCGUUACCAUCAUGGUAAGAAAGAGGAGAACUGACCAGGCUGGUGGGGGAGAGAGCUCGGAGCCUCAGGAUUCUAAUGCUGGACAGGGUGCACCUCAACGCCCUCCACAGCAGCAAGGACGAGGUGCACCUCAAGUCUAUCCACAACAGCAGCAAGGACCGGGAGGUAGAGGCUUUCCCCAACAGCAGCAGGUUCCUGGAGGUAGAGGCUUCGCCCCACAGCAGCAGGGUCCAGGUGGUAGAGGCUUUGCCCCACAACAGGGAGGAUACCAAGGACGUGGAGGAUAUGAAGGUGGACGCGGUGGCCCGCGAGGUGGUAUGGCUUCUCAGCAGUAUACUGGUGAAUCUCCUUAUCAGCAGCAAGGCAGGGGUGCCCAACAGCAGCAACCACGUGGACCAUUGCCCCAACACCGUGGCGGUGGCGUAGCUGGUGGUGGUCGUGGAGGAUUUGUACCUUCUGCUGGUGCUAGGCCAUCAGUCCCCGAGCUGCACCAAGCUUCCCAGGCUCCACCUCAAGCAGGGGUAUCGACUUAUCCCAUGCCUCGUGCUAUAACGGCUGAAGUGACACAGUCAGAAGGUAGCUCUUCUGUUAGUGCAGUUGAAGCAUCAUCUUCGCAAGUGACACAGCAGCUUCAGCAUAUUUCUCUGAAAUCUGAAUCCUCUUCUAUCGAGGCUGCUCAGCCUAAUCCUGUUUCUAGCAAGGCACUUAGAUUUCCACUCCGUCCGGGCAGGGGCAGCACUGGUUCUCGUAUCGUUGUAAAGGCCAACCAUUUCUUUGCAGAGUUGCCUGAUAAGGAUUUGCAUCAGUAUGAUGUAACAAUCUCCCCUGAAGUCAGUUCUCGUGGUGUCAAUCGUGCUGUGAUGGAACAGCUUGUCAAACUGUAUAGAGAAUCUCAUCUUGGGAAGCGUCUCCCUGCGUAUGAUGGUAGAAAGAGUUUGUAUACAGCAGGGCCUCUUCCUUUUGUCAACAAGGAGUUUAAAAUUGUCCUGACCGAUGAGGAUGAUGGAUCUGGUGGUGCCAGAAGAGAAAGGGACUUCAAAGUUGUUAUCAAACUAGCUUCUCGAGCUGACCUUCACCACCUAGAAAUGUUUUUAAAGGGCAGUCAGGCUGACGCACCUCAAGAAGCUUUGCAGGUGUUGGACAUUGUUUUGAGGGAAUUGCCUACUGCCAGGUAUUCCCCUGUGGGGCGUUCAUUUUAUUCACCUGAUAUUGGACGAAGGCAGCCACUGGGUGAAGGCUUGGAAAGCUGGAGAGGCUUUUAUCAAAGUAUACGCCCUACACAGAUGGGCUUGUCACUCAAUAUUGAUAUGUCCUCGACUGCAUUUAUUGAGCCUCUACCUGUUAUCGAGUUUGCUUCACAGCUGUUGAAUAGGGACGUUUCGUCCAGGCCACUGUCAGAUGCUGAUCGUGUGAAGAUCAAAAAGGCCUUGAGGGGAGUGAAGGUUGAGGUUUUGCACCGUGGAACAAUGCGCAGGAAGUAUCGUAUUUCUGGUUUAACAUCACAGGCGACCAGGGAGCUCACGUUUCCAGUUGAUGAAAGAGGUACAAUGAAGGCCGUGGUUGAGUAUUUCCGCGAGACUUAUGAUGUUAUCCUAAAGCAAACUCAAUUACCUUGCUUGCAAGUUGGUAACCAGCAGAGGCCAAAUUAUCUGCCCAUGGAGGUUUGCAAAAUUGUGGAGGGGCAGAGGUACUCAAAAAGGUUGAAUGAAAGGCAGAUCACUGCGUUGCUUAAAGUUACUUGCCAACGUCCUAGUGACAGGGAGGCUGACAUUCUUCGAACCGUUCAGCAUAAUGCAUACGCUGAUGAUCCCUAUGCUAAGGAGUUUGGAAUCAAAAUUAGUGACAAACUAGCCUCUGUAGAAGCAAGAAUUCUCUCUCCACCAUGGCUAAAAUACCAUGAGACUGGACGUGAGACACGAUGUCUACCCCAAGUUGGUCAGUGGAAUAUGAUGAACAAGAAAAUGGUUGAUGGAGGAAUUGUUAAUAAUUGGAUGUGUGUGAACUUUGCACGAAAUGUUCAAGACAAUUUGGCUAGCGGCUUUUGUUCAGAACUCGCACAGAUGUGCACUAUAUCGGGAAUGCGGUUCAAUCCCAAUCCGGUGCUUCCAGUUACCGGCGCGCGCACUGAUCAGGUGGAGAGAGUGUUAAAAUCACGUUUUCAAGAGGUGCAGAAACUGAAGAAGGAGCUUGACCUGUUAAUUGUUAUCCUUCCAGAUAAUAAUGGCUCACUAUAUGGCGAUUUGAAGAGAAUCUGUGAGACUGACCUUGGAAUAGUUUCACAGUGUUGCUUGACAAAACAUGUCUUCAAGAUGAGCAAGCAAUACCUGGCAAAUGUGGCUUUAAAGAUUAACGUCAAAGUCGGGGGAAGAAAUACAGUUCUUGUUGAUGCUUUAUCGAGGCGUAUUCCACUUGUCAGUGACCGCCCUACAAUCAUUUUUGGUGCUGACGUCACCCAUCCUCAUCCUGGAGAAGAUUCCAGCCCCUCGAUUGCAGCAGUGGUUGCUUCACAAGAUUGGCCAGAGAUAACAAAGUAUGCGGGAUUGGUUUGUGCUCAAGCCCACAGACAAGAGCUUAUUCAGGAUCUGUACAAGAGCUGGCAGGAUCCAAACAGAGGAACUGUAUCAGGCGGCAUGAUCAAGGAACUCCUUAUUUCAUUCCGCAGAUCAACUGGACAGAAACCCCAGCGCAUUAUAUUCUAUAGGGAUGGUGUUAGUGAGGGGCAGUUCUAUCAAGUUCUUCUGUAUGAACUUGAUGCAAUUCGCAAGGCUUGUGCUUCAUUAGAGCCAAACUAUCAGCCUCCGGUUACAUUUGUUGUGGUUCAGAAACGCCAUCACACUAGGUUGUUUGCCAACAAUCAUCGCGACCGUAAUUCAGUUGAUAGGAGUGGAAAUAUUUUGCCCGGGACUGUUGUGGAUUCCAAAAUCUGUCACCCAACGGAGUUUGACUUUUACCUUUGCAGCCAUGCUGGCAUCCAAGGAACUAGCCGACCAGCACAUUACCAUGUUCUUUGGGAUGAGAACAAGUUCUCGGCAGAUGGACUACAGUCCCUCACUAACAAUCUAUGUUACACUUAUGCCAGGUGCACAAGAUCUGUCUCAAUAGUUCCUCCAGCAUAUUAUGCUCACUUGGCAGCAUUUCGAGCUCGCUUCUAUAUGGAACCUGAAACAUCUGAUAGUGAGUCAAUGGCAAGUGGUGCUGCUGGUGGUCGUGGAGGAAUGGGGGUUGGAAGAAGCACCAGGGCAGCAAAUGCUAAUGCAGCUGUGAGGCCCUUGCCCGCUCUUAAAGAAAAUGUGAAGAGGGUUAUGUUUUAUUGCUAGAAAUGUUUGAGAACCGGAAAACGUGUGAUAGUAGCUCUUUAUGCUGUUGCUUUGAACUUUACUUUUGAUGUUUUUGAAUCUCUUAACUCCUUUGAUCUGCAUUACUUAGAAGAGAGUUAUUGCCGCUCGAAUUCGAAUUAUUAAACAAAUAUGAGUUCGGUGAAGAGUUGAUUAGAAUAUAUCUUUUUCUACUA